AUGCUCUGCACCCUCCUCCUCAUCCUCAAAACCCUCCACCUAACCCUCCAACAAGUCACCACCCACAUCGCCCUCGCGCUCACCCCGCGCCUCCACCGCCUAACCUAUCGCACCGUCCGGGACCCGAAGAACAUCGUCGUCAUCGGCGCCUCCUUCGCCGGCUACCACGCCGCCCGGGUUCUCGCCUCCACCCUCCCGACGGGCUACCGCGUUGUCGUCAUCGAGCGGAACUCCCAUUUCCAACUCACGUGGGUCCUGCCUCGGUUCUGUGUUGCGGCGGGCCACGAACACAAGGCUUUCAUCCCCUACAGGGGGUAUCUUGCGCCCGUGGCGGAGGGGGCGUAUACAUGGAUUACUGGGGCCGUGGGGAGGAUUGUUCUCGAGUCUGGUGCGGGAGAGGGGAAGAUCGUGCUGGAGGAGUCGGGCGAGGAGAUUGCGUUUGAGUAUUUGGUUGUGGCGACGGGGGCAGUGGCUGCGGGGUUACCGUCGCGGGUUGGUGGGAGGACAAAAGAAGAGGGAAUGGUGAUGCUGAGAGGCGAGCAGGAGAGGAUUCGGACCGCGCGGGAUGUGGUGGUGCUUGGGGGUGGCGCGGCGGGUGUGGAGAUGGCCGGGGAUGUGAAGGAGCGGUAUCCCGAAAAGAAUGUUACGUUGGUGCACUCGAGGGAGAGGUUGUUGAAUCGAGGGUAUGGGGAAGGGUUGAGUCGGAGGGCGUUGGAUGGGUUGCAAGCGCUGGGGGUGAAGGUGUUGUUGGGGGAGAGGGUUGUGAUGGACGACCAGCUGGAGCUAAUGGAAGAAGUCAAGUUGGAGUCAGGUCAAGUGGUGAAGUGUGAUUGCUUGAUCAAAUGCGUCGGGCAAAGGCCAAACUCAGGCUUGGUGGGAGAGGUGUCGUCUUCGUCCAUCGCUGAGUCAGGGCACAUUCGCGUCCGCCCUACUUUGCAGCUUGUGGAUAAGGCCUGCAGUCGGAUAUACGCAGCUGGAGAUGUGGUUGAGGUGGAUGCGGUGCAGAAUGCUCGUGGCGCAUUUCAGCAGGCGGAGGUGGUUGCAAAGAACAUCGUGCGAGCAAUCAAGGGCAAGACUCUUGUCGAGUACCAGCCAAAGUGGUGGGAAGGUGCGACAAAGUUGACGCUUGGUCUGAAGAAGAGUGUGAUGUACGUGAGUGACGGGUCGGCCGAGUUGAUUCUUUCCACCAAGGGCAAAGAGGAGCUGGACAGUGCCCGCGUCUGGAAGUUCUUCGGGCUGAAGCCUUUCAUCGAUACUCAAGAAGAGAAGAGCACCUGA